CAUGUUCUUGAGCUGUCGUAUCUCGGCGUUUUCGAGCUUUUGUGAAUAUUUCGCUUUUUAUUUAGAUAAUUUUGAUUUAAUUUAAGCUUACGUGUAGCCUGAUGUUUUGAAUGCACCAUCACAGGCUGCAUAUAAACAAAUUGCCACCGAACUUGUCGGACAGGGGGAUUUUACAGUAUACAUUUUAUCACUACAGAAUCAAAGUUUUGCAUGGCACAUAUUAUAGACGUCAGUAAGACGGAUCCCUUGGGAAAUGUACACCAUAGUGGAGCUCAAAGGGGUCAAGUGUGGAUAUCGCUGUGGCUACUGUGGGAAUGAAGGAGGUAAAGCUUCAUACGGCAUGUGGUCCCAUACUAUGACAGUGCAGGACUACCAAGAUCUCAUCGACAGAGGCUGGAGAAGAAGUGGCAAAUAUGUUUACAAGCCAAUCAUGAACAAGACAUGCUGCCCACAGUACACCAUCAGGUGCCAUGCCUUGAACUUCCAUCCGUCAAAGACUCACAAAAAGACCUUGAAGAGGGUGAACAAGUUUCUCUCCAAAGGAGAGAUGCCAGUAGAGCGGUGUGAUGAGGGACAUGAAGGAGAGCCCAUGGACUCUGUGCAUGAAGAAAGUGUUCGACCACCUCCUGAAGAUCCACAGAAAAUAGACCAUAGUGAAGUACAAGACAUCACCACCAGCCCGGACUCAGACUCCACCAACUCAACUGCACCCACAACACCCAAAGAAGACGCAGCGCCCGCUUCAGCAGAGAAAACCUCAAGUGUUACGCCCAAACCGGGUAAUGGAGCCGACCCCAACAGGCCUCUGUGUCGGAAAGCUAAGGACAUUAGGAAAGAGAGACGACUUCAAAAGGAGCAACAGAAGCAGCAAGAAACCGUGUCUUCUUCUCCAAAUCCAGCCCCAUCAAAAUCUUCAUCUAAUCAGUCCAAAUCAUUGGAGGAAUUCAUUACGGAGUCCUUGCCCAAUGACCCGCUGCACCGUUUAGAGGUGAGGCUAGUGCGCUCCAGCCCUCCCAGUCCACAGUUCAAAGCUUCGUUUGACGCCUCGUACCAAGUGUACAAACUCUACCAGAUGGCCAUUCACAAGGACCCGCCUGACAAACCGACCGAGAGCCAGGUGAGGCUAGUGCCGGUCAGCUUUGAGGACCCGGACUUCCUGGCAUCGUACGAGCAGUCGGCGGCGCUUUAUGCCCGCUACCAGAUGACCGUUCACGGCGACGCUCCGUAUGAGUGUGGGGAGAGUGAGUUUAAGAGGUUCCUCUGUGACUCUCCUUUAGAGGCUGAGACCGCUCCUGAUGGUCCUGAUGUGGGCUACGGAUCGUUCCAUCAGCAGUACUGGUUGGAUGGCAGAAUAGUAGCCGUGGGGGUCCUGGACAUCCUGCCCUCCUGUGUGUCAUCGGUGUACCUCUACUACCACCCCGACUUCUCCUCGCUCUCAUUGGGCACCUACUCUGCGCUCAGGGAGAUUGCCUUCACCAGGCAGUUGCAGCAGCAGUCGCCUAAACUCGCCUACUACUAUCUGGGUUUCUACGUGCACUCGUGUCCCAAGAUGCGCUAUAAGGGUCAGUACCGGCCUUCAGACCUCCUGUGCCCUGAAACGUAUGCUUGGGUGCCCAUCGAGAGAUGCAUUCCCCGCCUUGAGAUCUCUGUCUACUCUCGUCUGAACGAGAACGCCCAAGCAGGUGAUGCUCUUGCGCUGAAGGAUCUGGGCAGGGCGUUAGUGCUCCACAGGAGGACAGUGAUGCCCUACGCGGCCUACGCCCGUAAGCGGAAGGGUUUAAACGACGAGAAGGAAGUGGAGCAGUACGCUAGCCUGGUGGGCCAGACGUGUGCCGAGAGAAUUCUGCUCUACAGAGCUUAAAGCCCCUUCAUUACUUCACAAGCAUCUGUCUGUCUCUCUUUCUCUGUCUGUCUGUAAGUGUUUGUACGCUUGUCUGUUUAUUGUCUCCUUGAUUGUUUAUUUGUCUGCUUUUCUUCUUGUUUUUCUGAUUCAAGUAUUUUCCCCAUAAGUGUGUACAGUUUGCUUUCUUUUUUUGUACUGCUGUGCAUUGCUUCACUCUCCCUGUCUUUCGUAAUCUCUUCGAACUCUACUUUUAUAUUAUCUGGCCAGCAGUGCUGUUAUAAUCCCACGCACUGACCGGGCACAUAUAUUGUCUCACAUUGUAUCCCAAAAUAUAAUCCAUUUACAACUCACCAAUCACAUCAUACAUCAAGAAAUUCUGUGCACCUAAUUCUGAAUAUAUGUCAUGUCUGGAUGGGUGUUUCUAGACUGUGGUUACCCUGAAACAUUUGGCCUUUUGUGACAUAAUCGCUGCUUUCCCAAAGCGUUUAAUGUUCCUGGUAUUUAUAUUCUUCUUAAGUGACUAAUACCACCCAAAGCAGGUGCUGUGACACAAUGUACGUUACACAGCAGACGACUUGAUGGCUUUGCUGGAUGGUUAAAUCAGUCCAUUUUCCUGUGGAACAGACUUUUCUUUCAUUUGAAGUAAUAACUCCAGUGCUUUUAUUUUAAUAUUAUUAUGUUUCAAGUAAAAUAAAAAAAUAUAUAUAA